AUGGCUGACACUGUCCCCGGCUCCGUGGCGUUGCCCCAGUCCAAAUAUGACCUCAGCACUUACUGGGGGCGAGUAAAGCACUGUGCCGAGAUCUCGGACCCGGCAAUGUUGCUUAACCUGGAUAAAGACAUCAAGCACGCCAAACAGGUGGUGUGGGACUACAAAAACGGCGUCACCGCCAAAAUGACCCCCGAAGUGUGGCGGGCUAAGCGGGUGUUGGACCUGACAUUGCACCCUGACACUGGGGAAAAGGUAGUGUUGCCGUUCCGGAUGUCGCUGUGUGUGCUCUCUAACCUUAUUGUCACCGCCGGUAUGUUGACUCCCAAUUUGGGUACUGCCGGCACCUUGUUCUGGCAGAUCGCCAACCAGUCGUUGAACGUGGCCAUCAACACUGCCAAUGCCAACAAGCUGCACCCGCUCACCACCAAACAGAUCGCCGUCAACUACACGAUGGCGGUGACGGCGUCGUGCUCGGUGGCGCUUGGGCUCAACGCCUUGGUGCCUAGACUUAAGAAUGUGUCGCCUAACACCAAGACCGUGUUGUCGCGGUUGGUUCCUUUCGCCGCCGUGGUCAGUGCCGGGGUGGUCAAUGUGUUCUUGAUGCGUCUGGAAGAACUCAAGAAGGGGAUUUCGGUGUUUGACAAAGAUGGCAACGAUGUUGGUAACUCGAAGAAGGCCGCUUUCUACGCUGUGGGCGAGACUGCCGCUUCGAGAGUGAUCAACGCCACCCCCAUCAUGGUGAUUCCUCCUUUGAUCCUUGUGAGAAUGGAAAGAGCGGGCUUGUUCCGGGGUAAGCCUAAGGCCGUGGAGCUUUUGACCAAUGUCUGCUUGAUUGCGGCCACCUCGUUUGGGGCGCUUCCGUUUGCGCUUGCGGUGUUCCCUCAACGCCAACUGAUCUCGGUGAACAAGUUGGAACCCCAAUUCCAAAACUUGAAGGACAAGGACGGCAAGCCGAUCACUACGGUGGAGUUCAACCGGGGGAUGUGA